AUGGCAGGCGAACAACAACAACCUGGCGCGCCCACCCCCUCGGCUGGGGCACUGAAGACCGGAGGGCGGGCUGACACUGCGCAGCAGGCCAAGCAGCCGCGGCAGUCUGACCGUGAGGACUGCAUUCCGUGCCACCUCGCCAGCGGAGGCAUGAUGACCAUCGCUGGUCUCUACAGCCUCGUCGGCGCACGACGUGGCACCGAUCUCCUCGGUCAGAAAGUGACGUCCAAGGGUUGGCUGGGCUUCGUGGGAAGCUGCUUGACGGUGGGCGGCCUGUUCUUUGCGGCGCAGCCAUGGCUCAACCCCUACCUCCCCUCGUCCUUGCAAUCCGAACGUCUCAAGAAGUGA